AUGAAUAUCUUUCUUCAUGAUCUCAAUCAAGCAUAUACAACAGGUCAAUUAUUAUAUGAUGACGACACUAAUCUUCGUUAUCUCGACUAUGCUGUUAUUGAACAACAAAUGUCAAUGACUGGCGCAAGUAUGUUUUGGCUUGAUGUUCUUCAUGAUUGUAAACUUGAUCAGCCUUUGUCAUUACCAUAUGAUCGAUAUCGUCUCUCAAAUGAACAUCGAACUGGUCGUGGAACACCUAUUUGUUUUGACUUUGGUCAAGAUCUUUCACAUGACUUUCUCAUCCAUGCAUCAUCAAACAACAUAUCACUAGAACAACUUGCACUUGCUACGUAUUAUGUGUUUUUAUUCAAAUUAACCAAUGGAGAAAAAGAUCUAUGCAUUGGAAUAAAUACACAUGGUCGAUAUAGAGAUGAACUUAACUCUAUCAUUGGAAUGUUUGUGAAUGCUAUACCUUUGCGAUGUCAACUUGAUCCUCAUUUAUCAUUCCAUCAACUGACCAAACACGUUCAAGAUAACAUGAUAAACUAUAUUAAAUAUUCUUAUUUUCCACUUCAGCGUAUUCUCAAUCAACAUCCUAAUAUAUCAAAUCCUGUAUUUCUUGAUACAUCAUUUGACUUUGUGUCAUCUAUGAAAAAAGAUGAAGAAAAUGAAAUAAUGAUUGGAGAUAGUCGAUAUUCUUUACUACCUUAUUCAAUUAAAAUUGGUGGGGAUGAAGUAAUGAGUAAAUUUGAUUUUAUUCUUAGUUUUCAACAUGAUCUCAAUCUAAAUGAAUUUUCAUGCACAAUCAAUGCAUCAGUUGAUUUAUUUAAUGCUGAAACUGUUUGUAUAAUUGCGCAACGAUUACAGACAAUGUUACAUCAGCAAUUCACAUCUUUUGAUUGUACACCAAACAAACCUGUUCAUGAAUUGUCAAUAAUAUUAUCAAAUGAACGAUAUCUAAUGCAAUCAUUAAAUAAUACACAAGUAUCAUUUCCAUCUUCUGUCACUUGUAUUCAUCAUGAGUUUGUAUAUCAAGUAAUGAAACAUCCACAAAAACUAGCUGUUGAACUUGAUGAACAAUCAUUGACAUAUUGUGAGCUGUUGCAUUAUAUACAAAUAUUAUCUUUGACUCUUCUUAAUGAAUAUCAUGUGUUUCCUGGUGAGAUCGUAUGUCAAUGUGUUGAGCGAAGUUUGUCAAUGGUGAUUGGUAUAAUGGCAAUUGAAAUGAGUGGUGGUGUUUAUUGUCCAUUGUCAUCUCGAGAUCCACAACAUCGUUUGCAUGCACUUGUAGAGCAGACUCAAAGUCGUCUUGUUCUUGUUCAUCAUUUAACUACGACGAAGUUCUAUGAUGAUAUUGUAUCACUUGAUAUUGAUUCAAUAUUAAAUGUCAAUAAUAUAAAUAGUGACAUAAAUUAUAAUUGCCUUUCAAAUGUGAAAGUGAAAGGCAAAGAGAUAGCCUACAUUAUUUUCACUAGUGGUUCAACUGGAACACCCAAAGCGGUUCAAGUGCGACAUAAGAACUUUAUUGAUUGUAUGCAUUCAUUGGCAUAUAUUAACUCAUUUAAUAAAAAUGAUACAGUUGUACAAAUGACAGGUUGUUCAUUUGAUAUUCAUGUUCAAGAAAUCCUUGGUAUAUUGUUAGCUGGAGGCACAUUGAUUAUGCUUCAUCCAGGUGGAAUGAUUGAUUUUGAUUAUUUAUCUGAAACCUUACAGAACAAACAAAUUACAUAUCUACAUACUGUUCCAAGUUUACUGCAUAGCUUUUUUUACUUCGGUCGAGCAGAAUAA